AUGGAGAAAUCGGUCAAAACUCAUAUACCAGCGGUCGCCAAAGACAUUCCUGCAUUGGAUCUCGAAUAUACAGAUCAAUGCAAGGAAAAUACACCAAAAGAGCACACCGCAGAAGAAACGGAGCCAGAGCGCGGGAACUGGACUGGCCGAUUCGACUUUCUUUUAUCUUUGUUGGGCUACAGUGUGGGCUUGGGCAACGUAUGGAGGUUCCCUUAUCUCUGCUACAAUAACGGAGGAGGCGCAUUUCUGAUUCCUUUCACGAUAAUGCUGAUAAUAGCUGGUUUGCCGUUGAUGUUCAUGGAGCUUUCCUUUGGUCAAUACGCCGCACUCGGACCGGUUGCAGUCUACAACAGAUUCUGUCCUUUGUUCCGUGGACUCGGAUACGGGAUGGUUAUCGUCUCAAGUAUCGUCAUGCUCUACUACAAUCUCAUUAUAGCGUGGACUAUCUAUUACAUGGCUGUAUCGUUCGCGAGUAUCUUCUAUCAAUUGCCUUGGCAGAAUUGCAACGCUGAAUGGAGCACUGAAUUUUGUUAUUCAUACGAAGAAGCCGAUGAAUGUGAAGCAAUAAACGGAACUUAUUAUUUAAGACAAUGUGUCAAUCAAAGUUAUGCAGCCCUCCACAAUAUUACUCACCUCGCCAAAGUUGUAUUAAGAAAACCUCCCGCUGAAGAAUAUUUUACAAACCAAGUUUUAGGACUAUCCUCGGGGAUUGAGGAAACUGGCCAAAUACGAUUAGGCAUGGCUUUGUGUCUGUUCGCUGCCUGGUUAAUCGUAUUUCUCUGCCUGUUUAAAGGAGUCCAAUCAUCAGGAAAGGUAGUAUAUUUCACUGCACUGUUUCCAUAUGUGGUGCUGGUUAUCCUAUUCUUUCGUGGCGUAACUUUACCGGGAGCGUCUACUGGAAUCUUGUUUUAUCUUACCCCCGAUUUUAGCCAGUUGGCUAACGCACAGGUAUGGGGAGACGCAGCAGUUCAGAUAUUCUUCGCGCUCAGUCCUGCUUGGGGAGGUCUCAUAACACUUUCAUCAUACAAUAAGUUCUCCAAUAACUGUUAUAUAGACUCCCUAAUCGUGGCAGUAUCGAAUAUAGCUACUUCAUUCUUUGCGGGGCUCGUCAUAUUCUCUGUGAUCGGUUUUUUGGCACACGAAUUGAACGUUGGCGUGGAUCGCGUCGUAGAUCAGGGAGCUGGGCUCGCUUUCAUCGUGUACCCGGAGGUUGUCACCAGGCUUCCAGUGGCGCCCCUCUGGUCUAUAUUGUUUUUUGUGAUGUUACUGACACUUGGUCUCGAUUCACAGUUUGCCCUAAUGGAAACCGUGACAACUGCAAUUCUGGAUAGAUUCCCUAACUUCCGACAGAACAAAGCGUGGGUUGUUCUGCUUGUCGCUGUCUUUGGAUAUAUCGGCGGGCUUAUAUUUACCACCAAUAGUGGCAUGUACUGGCUGCAGCUGAUGGACAAAUACGCGGCCAACUGGUCGGUGCUAAUAAUUGCGAUCGGCGAGUGCAUACUGAUUGCUUGGAUUUACGGCGCGGAAAAGUUUUGUGGAGAUAUUCAACGCAUGAUCGGCCGCCAGUCCAAACUCUGGGUCUUCUUCUGGAGCACAAUGUGGCGUAUCAUCACACCCGCUGCUCUGGUGUUUAUUCUAGUGUUCAACUGGAUCGAAUAUAAGCCGGCGACAUACGGUCAUUACGUGUAUCCUAUGUGGGCGGACGCGGUGGGCUGGACUUUGGGAGUUCUACCAGUUGUCGUUGUGGUGCUUAUGGCCGUUGAUAAGAUCUGCAGCGGACCUGAUGACCUUACAAUAAUGGAGAAAGCGCGCGUGCUGUCGCGGCCGACGGAUGAGUGGGGCCCGGCGGGCGCGUCGGUGCUGGUGCGCGAGCCGCAGCUGUCGCCGCCCGUGCUGCUGCUGCACGGCCGCCCCGUGCUGCGCGAGCGCGGCGCCUGA